AUGGUUCGCAGGAACUCGGAGAAUAAUGACAGCAGGACGGAGCAGUAUAGGAAGCUCUUUAUCGGCGGAUUGACCCCCAAUACAGAUGAAGAAAUGCUUAAGGAGUAUUAUUCGGCUUGGGGGGAGAUUGUGGACGUUGUCGUUAUGAAGGAUUCUCACAGCGGAAGGUCUCGGGGGUUCGGCUUCGUCACGUACAAAGAACCGGAAAUGGUUGAUUCAGCCCAGGCCAACAGACCGCACGAAAUAGACGGGAAGACAGUCGAGGCCAAGAGAGCCAUGCCCCGGGAGGACUCCAGCAGCGCUGAAGCCCACAUGACCGUCAAGAAGUUGUUUGUUGGUGGCUUGAAGAAGGACGUAACUACAGAAGAUCUCAGAGAAUACUUUUCGAAGUACGGCAAUAUUACGGAGUGCGAGGUAGUUACAAGCAAAGAUACUGGAGUUUCGCGGGGUUUCGGGUUCGUUACAUUUGACGACUAUGACCCCGUCGACAAAGCUAUCUUGUACAAGCCACACCUUAUCAAGACCAGCCGCUCAGACGUCAAGAAAGCGCUGUCGAGAGAAGAAAUGAACACAAUGAAGCGGAAAACGGAGUACAGAGGGGACUACGGCGGUGGCUUUUCAAAUGGUUAUAG